UGCCCGCGCAGCGUUUUUUUGUUCGUAUGCAUGGAUGCAAUGGAGAGUGGGUAUGACUUGACCUCGUUCACGUUAGUUGUGAUCAGCGUUUAAGUCUUCACUUCGCUUAGUAUACAGAGGCAUUGUUGAUUUCGACUAGUGGUUAGUCGAGACGCUCGACUUUAUUCUUAAACCAUCCAAAACUACGGGGCUAGAACAUUCCGUGACAGGUGCAGGUUCCUCUGUCGCCUGCAAGGUCUCCGUUAAUGCUCUGCUGGAGCAACUCACUGAGCCUGGAGGGGUUAGAUGGGAUGGACAGCAAAGGUAGCUCCCUGCCUUCGAUGCCUGAACCAGCUAACCCAAUCAGCAUGAAGCAGCCGCCAGAGUCCCUCAGUGUACGGAAAGGUGGGGGGGGCAUGAGCAGUGACCCUGCUCUACUAAUGGACAAAGCUGCUGCCCAGCUGGCUGCCACACUACAAGACGGCGUCCUUCAGAAGAUGGCUAACCACAGUCAUAACAAUCACAGCCACGAGCGCCUCAAAGACCUCACAUCCCGUGUGCUGAAUGGGGACCAAGACGCGCUGCCUAAGCUUUGUGCUCCAGAGCCGCCUAUGCUCAAGGGUGCCGAAGUCCCUGCUACGAAAGGCGCCCACCAACACAACUGCACUCCUCAUACUGAACCUGAGCUGAAGGUGACGAUACCCCAGGUGGUCCAUCAGCCGCUGCUUGAGCCAAGCUGUGCCAACGGGACCAGUUUGGCCACAACCACCGAAGAUACUAUACCUGGAUUAGAGAAGAGACAGGACGUGAAGAAAAGGAGGGGGAGACCCCACAAACCAAAACCUCAACCAAACCUUAGCUGCUCUCCCAUUAAAGUGGAGCCACUUGACAACACAAAUGCUGUAGAUGGAACUGGAGCACCUGAUGAGCCUGAUCUCAUUCCAGAGUUGACAGAAGAGGCAACACAAGAGUCCCCUCUGCUGAUCCGUUUUUCCGUUGGCGAUUUGGUUUGGACCAAGGUGUCGGGAUACCCCUGGUGGCCUUGCAUGGUGACCACAGACCCUGAAUUCAACAGUCAUUUCAAACAGAAACAGAAAGCAGCUAACAGCAAGUCAGGCCUCCUUUACCAUGUGCAGUAUUUUGGAGACGCCCCAGAGAGAGGCUACAUCUUUGAGAAGAACAUGGUGCCCUUCACUGGGGAGGAUCAGUACCAGGAGCUUAGCCAGGGCAACAAGCAGCCAGCCUCCCGCCUCAUCCACAAAAAAGCGGCUCCAUCUGUGCCCCGAAAACUGCAGGCUCAGUGGAACAUGGGCAUCAUUCAGGCCAAGGAGGCCGUCAACAUGUCACUGGAUGAGCGCAUGAUGAACUUCGCAUUCCUGUAUGAUGAGGAAGGGCCUCACCUGAACCCCCACAUCAUGGAGAAGUUGAAGCCAGAACAGAACAGCAAGAUGGACCAGGAAACGGAGUCUAGGCUUAGUCCAGAUAUCCUCUCGCUGCUGAUGAAUCCUGCCGACAACCUCACAGCCGCCCCUCAGUCCCAGGACAGCACUUCAACAGGGAAAAAGACACAAACGCCCAGAACAAAACUUAAAAUGGGAGAAUGGCAGAAAAGCGGAAAAGGCCACAAUACAGUUUCUUCCAAAGAAAUGCUUCAUCCACAGGCGGCCUCACAGGAUCUCGCCACUUCUGCACCAGAUACACAAGCUGAAUCAGUCUUACCUCAGAAGAAAAGGAGUGGACCCAAACAGGCUCAGUCUCCCACGAAAACUGUGAGGAGAAGGAAAAAAUCUGCAACAGAAGACACCUCUGACCCCGUGAAGAAAAGGAAAUCAAAGCAGGUUUCUUCGACAGAAGAUAUGUUGGCACCAGUCUCACUUCCACUUUCAGUUCCAGUUGACAAAGUGAAGAAAAGGCGAAAGAAAAAGACUCCAGAUGAGCCGAGGACGGAUUCCUCGGUCGAGGAGGAGCUGAAGACCUCAAAAAGGCUGCUUACAGACGCUGCAGCAGAAAAACCGAAAAAGAGACGUAAAACAAGCAAAGAUGCUGAGAAAGAGGCAUCCACUUCAGAGGGAACAGAGAAAAAGCAGAGAAGAAGGAAGAAAACUGACAACGACGUGAAAGAAACCAAGAAGCGGCUGAAGAAGUCAACAGCUCUCCUCACCGAUGACCCAGACGCAGAGAAACCAAAGCGGAAGAGAAAAAGGAAACAGGAUGGAGAGAACCAAGCCACGCCCACAAAGGCGAAGAAGAGGCGGACCUCCCCGUGUCCCGAUCCUGAGGGUUCUGGGAGUGAAGGACGUCCUGAUUCUCCGAGCGACAGCUUGGACGGCACAAAGAAGGGCGAACGGAAGAAAGAGUUUGUCUGCCAGGUGUGUGAGCAGGCUGGUGAAGACUUGGUACCCUGUGAAGGCCAGUGUUGUGGGAUGUUUCACCUCCACUGUCUGGGUGUGUCAUUCAAACCCGACGACAAGCUGCUGUGCCAGGAGUGCAGCACAGGAAUUCACUCGUGUUUCAAAUGUAAGCAGUCGGAGGGCACGGUGCGCCGCUGCCACGUCCCACACUGUGGCAAGUUCUACCACGAGGCCUGCAUCCGCCUCAACCCCCUCACCGUGUUCGACAACAAGGGCUUCCGCUGUCCGCUGCACACCUGCCUGGGCUGCUACUACAGCUGCCGCACCAAGCACAAGUCCUCCAAAGGCAGGUUAAUGCGUUGCAUGCGCUGUCCGGUCGCGUACCACGUCGGCGACUUGUGUGUGGCUGCAGGCAGUGAGAUGAUCACCAACACCGCCAUCAUCUGCACCAACCACUUCAACGCCAAGAAGGCCUACAGCCACCACAGCCACGUCAACGUCAGCUGGUGCUUCGUCUGCUCCAAAGGAGGGCAGCUGCUGUGCUGUGAAUCCUGCCCGGCAGCUUUUCACCCCGACUGCCUGAACAUCGCGAUGCCUGACGGGAGCUGGUUCUGCAACGACUGCCGGGCAGGAAAGAAACCUAAAUACCGGGACAUCAUCUGGGUCAAACUGGGAACGUACAGGUGGUGGCCUGCCGAGAUCCACCACCCCAGAAGCAUCCCCACCAACAUCCAGCACCUUCGACACGAGAUCGGGGAGUUCCCCGUCUACUUCUUCGGCUCCAGGGACUACUUCUGGACUCAUCAGGGCCGAGUGUUUCCGUACAUGGAGGGAGACAGGGGCAGCAAGCACCAGAGGACUGGUAUCGGCAAAGUCUUCAAGAAUGCUCUGUUGGAGGCUGAAGCUCGAUUCAAGGAGAUAAAAAUGAAACGAGAGGCCAAGGAAGCACAAGAGAACAGCCGAAAACCUCCACCUUAUAAAUUUAUCAAGGUCAACAAACCUGUUGGUAAAGUGCAGGUCUACACCGCAGACAUUUCUGAGAUCCCCAAGUGUAACUGCAAGCCGACGGACGAGAGGCCGUGCGGGUUCGAGUCCGAGUGUCUGAACCGCAUGCUGCAGUACGAGUGCCACCCUCAGGUGUGUCCCAGCGGGGAGCGCUGCUGCAACCAGGACUUCACCAAACGUCUCUACCCGGACACCAAGAUCAUCAAGACGCCCGGCAAGGGCUGGGGCCUUGUCUCGCUGCGGGACAUCAAGAAGGGCGAGUUUGUGAACGAGUACAUCGGAGAGCUGAUAGACGAGGAGGAGUGCAGGGCGAGGAUCAAGUACGCCCAGGAGAACAACAUCACCGACUUCUACAUGCUCACCAUCGACAAGGACCGCAUCAUCGACGCUGGGCCGAAGGGAAACUACUCCCGCUUCAUGAACCACAGCUGUCAGCCCAACUGUGAGACGCAGAAGUGGACGGUGAACGGAGACACGCGUGUCGGCCUGUUCGCCGUCUGUGACAUCCCAGUAGGGACUGAGCUGACCUUCAACUACAACCUGGACUGUCUCGGGAACGAGAAGACCGUCUGUCGCUGCGGUGCCCCCAACUGCAGCGGGUUUCUCGGCGAUCGGCCGAAGAACUCAAACGGCCAAACAGCCGAGCCAAAGGGGAAGAGGUUGAAGAGAAAGUAUAAAAAGAGGAAAUCGGAGGGAAAGAAGAAGUCUGAGGACGAGUGUUUCCGCUGCGGCGACGGAGGUCAGCUGGUGCUCUGCGACAAGAAGACCUGCACCAAAGCGUAUCACCUGUCCUGCCUGAACCUCACCAAGAGGCCGUUUGGACGCUGGGACUGUCCCUGGCAUCACUGCGACGUCUGCGGGAAAAACUCGGAGGCCUUCUGCCAGCUCUGCCCCAACUCCUUCUGCAAGGCACACCAGGAGGGGGCGCUGCGUCCGUGGCCCGCCACGGGGCAGCUGUGCUGUCAGGAGCACGACGAGCUGGAAGGAUCCGUCAGCCAGGACCAGGACGUCCACUGUGAGACCAACUCGACGACCGCUGCUGCCGCCACCGUCGCCGACCGUCCCCCCAAAGCCUCCAGGAAGGCAGAAGGAGCCGAGGCCAAACCGAAGGGCUCCAAGAGGAAAGCAGCUGAGGCCUAAAGUGACCUUUGACCCCCCCCCCCCUCAGAGAGUCAGAAGACCGAACUCAGACUCUGACACCUGCUUCCCCACUCAUGAACAAACACAAACCCCACGUAUGUCUUUUAAGAUCCCAAGAACCAAGGCACUGUACAUGUUCAUCGUCAGGGAAAGCUGCUGAUCUCACAUGCUCGGCAGCAGCAGCAGCAGCAGCAGCAGCAGCAGCCUCCAGCUAACCGCUCAGACUUCUUCAGGUUUUAUUUCCACUUGUCUGCACUGAGCGAACCACCUGUGGUAAAGCACAAAGCAGGGGAGCGAGCGCAGGUCAGGAAGCUUCUGCUAGUAGACUUGAAUGCUUCAUUCUUCCGCCAACCAAACUGCCUUUUUUUUUUUUGUUUUUUUUUUUGUGUUAUUGUUAUUAUUGUUGUCUUUGUUUUGAUUUUAUUCUCUUUAAUAACAACAGAAGAAGCCAGUCGGUUUCUGCAGGAAAAACUGAAGCUGCCGGAAGCGUAGCUGCGCGUCACCCUGCGCUAACUUGAAUCUCAGUCGGCCCCUUCACUCAACACGGAUGAUCUUGAACAGCAGAGUUUUAUAGCUAUAUCUAUAUAUGUGUAUAUCAAAGACCAAAAUUAUGAUUACUGGAAUACUGUAAGACAUCACACAGGUUGCCAAAUGGAUUGUUUUUAUUUUUAUAUAUAGUGUAUAUAUGCCAGAUGUAAUAUGGAACACCAAGACACUAUGGGUAGGCCUCAGAUGACCUCUUUACUCCUGUUUGGUAGCCGUAGGUUACAUUUAAACGUAGACGCUUGUUUGCCGUUUUUCAGCCUGUUACUUUGUUUUAGCUCAGUUUUACUGUUUUAGAUUUGAUCUUUUUUUGCUGAACGACGGCACCGCAGGCCGUUCGUCCGCCGGCCUGCCCAGAGACACGAGGGACCGCAGAGUUUUAGCCUGAGAGCGCUGCUACACGGCCGUCUGGCGUGAAAACACUACUGGGGCGUUCGCAGGCCUUUGACGCUCUCUGCGCGACGCUAAGCCACAUAAAUGAAGGAAUACGUGCGAUUUUUGUUCUUCUUGAUCGUCGAGUUUUGAGUCCUCGCGGUGCUGUUUGUUUUUCCACUGUAGUAUUUAAAUCAUAGGUGCACACGUCGUGCCGGUUCAGCUUCUGCAGGUGUUUCGGCGUCGCUGACCGGCUGG